GCGGGAACCAGUUAAGCGAAAGCUAAUAUUCUGAAAACAACCAUCUGAACUAUUUAAUAUGUAACCUUCAGAAUUGUUAGCGCCUGGUUGAAGCCUGAAGAAGCAUGACUAGAGAGUAUUCACCUACAAAGAAACUUAAAAAGAAACUCAAAAAACUAAAGCAAAAACAAGCAAAGGAUGUUUCUGAGACCCCUGAUGCAGUGCCAAAUGGUACAGAUGAAGCUCAGCCGGGGACCAGCGUAGCGCUGACAGGAAAGUUCGAAGAAUUACCAAUUUCUGAGCCGAUUAUGCGUGCCAUUAAAGAAAUGGGGUUUACUCACAUGACUGAUAUUCAGCAACAAUGUAUUCCACAACUUCUCGAGCAUAGGGAUCUAAUGGCUUGUGCAAAAACGGGGAGUGGCAAAACUCUUGCUUUUCUGAUUCCUGUAGUUGAGCUGAUGUUAAAACUUGGUCUGCAACCUCGGAACGGUACAGGUGCCGUGAUUAUCUCACCCACUCGCGAACUAAGUCUGCAAACUUAUGGCGUUCUAAGAGACCUUACUCAGUUCACAAAUCUGCGAGUAGGAUUGAUCAUGGGUGGAAGUAACAGACAAACUGAAGCACAAAAUCUUGAAAAAGGUGUUACAAUACUCGUUGCAACCCCAGGAAGGCUUCUGGAUCACUUGUCAAACACUAAAUACUUUCUUCGACACAACCUCAAAGCUCUUGUCAUAGAUGAGGCAGAUCGUUUGUUAGAUAUCGGUUUUGAAGUGGAGAUGCGGCAGAUCAUCAAGCUACUUCCAGCAGUCCGUCAAACAAUGUUGUUUUCAGCCACGCUUAACGAGAAAACAAAGAACUUGGCUAACGCUGCUCUAAAAGCUUCAUGUGUGAUGGUUGGGUCGGUUCUUAGUGAAGAAGCCACUGUUGAUGGGUUAGAACAAGGGUAUGUGGUUUGUCCUGCAGACAGGCGGUUUUGUUUACUGUACACCUUUCUGAAAAAAAAUAAAAACAAGAAGAUUAUGGUGUUUAUGGCAUCUUGUAUGGAGGUGAAAUUUUAUUAUGAGUUACUGAACUUUGUGGAUACUCCAGUUCUAGCUAUACAUGGACGGCAGAAGCAAGCCAAAAGAACAAGCACUUUCCUACAGUUUGUGAAAGCUGAAGCUGCUGUACUCUUGUGCACUGAUGUAGGAGCACGAGGUCUGGACAUACCAAAGGUUGAUUGGAUCCUACAGUACGACCCUCCUGAUGAUGCCAAAGAAUACAUACAUCGUGUUGGCCGGACAGCUAGAGCAGGUAGUACAGGGAAUGCUCUGUUAGUACUAAGACCUCAUGAACUAGACUUUCUGUCAAUCCUACGAAACGCUCGAGUUAAAGUUGUAGAGUAUGAAAUAGCAAAUGCCAAGAUGGCAGAUGUACAACCAGCUCUAGAAAAACUAGUAAACAAUAACUAUUUUCUUGCUCUUUCUGCUCAAGAAGCAUUCAAAGGCAUUGUCCGUGCAUACGCCUCAUCUGCUCUAAGCUGCUUCAAUGUAGAUGAACUAGAUUUGGCGGCGACAGCAAAAACAUGUGGACUUUCAGUCACACCAAAAGUGGAUCUCAAUGUUAAGUCAAAGAGAACUCGUGAAUUUCCGGGUCAGAAACGUUAUAAACCUUUCGGUGUUUCUGAUAAAAAAGCCAAAAAGGCUAAGAUUUAUAAACGAAUAUCUUGAUAAUUUAUAUUUCUCUUAAUCUAUGUAUAUAACACAAAUAAAGAAUUCAUUCUGUGAAUAAUGUACAGUUUAUGCAAGCUAAUAUAGAGAAAUUAAGUGAAG